AUGGCUGCUGGGAUCGUCAACGCUUCUAGUGCUCAGCCUGAGCUGCCGCAGACAUGGCCUUGGAGAACUUCCCAGCUGCAAGGCGCUCUGCCGAGUUUCCUUGCGGGCUGGUCCACCUGGCAAUACGUUGUGACUUUUCUGCUCGGCGUGGUGGUCUAUGACCAAGUCAUGUACAUCAAGCGGAAGGGUCCUAUCGCUGGACCUCCGUUCAAGAUUCCGCUCAUGGGCCCGUUUCUCCAAGCACUCCAUCCAAAGUUCGAAGCGUAUCUUGCACAGUGGGCGAGUGGGCCUCUUAGCUGUGUAUCCGUCUUCCACAAAUUCGUCGUCCUGGCCUCUGACCGAGACAUAGCUCACAAGGUUUUCAAGUCGCCCUCAUACGCCGAGCCAUGCAUAGUGCCGGUCGCAAAAGACAUCCUAGGCCACAAAGCUUGGGUUUUUCUUCAGGGCAAAGCCCACGCCGAGUACCGGAAGGGAUUGACUCCUCUGUUCACUAACAAGGCCAUGGCCACCUACCUCCCGGCCCAAGAGAAAGUAUUGGCCGACUACUUCGACAAGUUUGUUGCUGCUAGCAAGGCGAACCAGGGACGGCCCAUGGCGUUUAUGACCAUGUUCCGGGAGAUCAACUUUAAGAAGAUCGCCGAUGACUUCUACCUUACUACUGCCGCCCUUGAGCUAGUCAACAUCCCCCUGUCAAUGUACAUUCCGUUUACCAAGCCCUGGUUAGGGAAGCGGACGGCUGAUGCUGUUCAUGUCGAGUUCGCGAAAUGUGCGGCUGCGUGCAAGGCAAACAUGGCGACUGGCGCCAUGCCUACGUGCAUUGUCGACCAUUGGGUACUCCACAUGAUGGAAUCCAAGCGAUAUCUCGAGAGAAUUGCCGCGGGGGAGACGGACGUUGAGAAACCAACCAAUCUGAUCCGUGAAUUCACAAACGAGGAGAUUGGGGAGACGCUGUUUACCUUCCUCUUUGCAUCGCAGGAUGCGUCUAGUAGUGCUACAACUUGGCUGUUCCAAGUCCUCGCCCAGCGACCCGAUGUACUUGAUCGAUUGCGAGAAGAGAACCUCGCCGCCCGGGGCGGUGAUAAGAGCAAACCCUUCGAUCUCCCUAUGUUGGAGUCGCUUACCUAUACCAGCGCAGUCAUCAAAGAGCUCCUCCGCCACAGGCCACCCGUCAUCUUCGUUCCCUACCUUGCAACAAAACAAUUCCCUGUCACGCCCAACUACACCGUACCCAAGGGCUCUAUGAUUAUCCCGUCCUGCUACCCAGCUCUACACGACCCGGAUGUUUACCCCAACCCCGAUGCCUUCGAUCCCGAGCGCUGGAUAUCCGGGGACGCCGGGUCCAAGACCAGAAAUUGGCUUGUCUUCGGUGCGGGGCCGCAUGACUGCCUCGCAAAGAGGUUUACUCAAUUCGACCUUAGAUAUUCAAGGAAACUGAUUGCUACUGGAAGUUUCAAUUUGUGGGGUUUCACGUAUCAGCAGCAGAUUUUCCAGGAACUUCAUGAGAAGGAUGAAUUGGUCGUCAUCUCCCGGGGGCUUGGCCUCCUUCGCCUCGUUACGAACCUCCUCCACUCCUACGAUGCGGCCGGAAACAAUCUUAUAUUGUUGGUCGGGGCAGACGAGAGAGAGAAUGGCUGGAUCGGGGAGGCUCUGGCAGAACACGCUGCAAUCAGUAUGGCCCCGAGAGCCCGAGGCCUCAGCGUUGUCAAUACCGAUGUUAUGAGCGUAGGUACGAGGGAGAAAAUGUACACCCAGGGCGGGAUAUUCAGCGUCACAUCGAGGAUUCUCGUCGUGGAUCUGUUGACGAGCUUGCUGAACCCCGAGAGGAUUACUGGGGUCGUAGUGUUACAUGCGGACAAAAUUGUUGCGACGUCUCUGGAAGCCUUCAUCCUUCGAAUAUAUCGGCAGAAGAACAAGGCUGGCUUCCUCAAAGCCUUUUCAGACAAUCCACAGCCCUUCGCGACAGGGUUCUCCCCACUCUCUACAAUGAUGAGGAACCUAUUUCUACGUAAUGUGAGUGUAUGGCCGCGAUUCCAGAUGCAAGUAGCCCAAUCAUUGGAGGGAAAGAAGAAAGCAGAAGUCAUUGAGCUGGAAGUCCCAAUGUCUGAAUCGAUGCGGCAUAUUCAGCAUGCUAUCAUGGAAUGCGUUGAGGUCAGCAUUGGUGAACUUAAGAAGGGCAAUUCUGGCUUGGAGAUGGAAGACUGGAAUGUUGACAGUGCUCUCCAUAAGCAAUUUGACAUGGUUGUAAGAAGACAGCUUGACCCUGUCUGGCAUAGAGUCAGCUGGAAAACCAAACAGAUUGUCAAUGAUUUAUCAGUAUUGCGAGGGAUGCUGCAUACUUUGCUCACAUAUGAUGCCGUCUCAUUUAAUCGCCAUUUGGAUACGAUAUUAGCAGCACAUGCUCCUCCGCCUGGUUCUACAAGGCAAAACCAAUCUCCGUGGUUAUUCCUCGACGCCGCCCAUACUAUUUUCGAUACGGCGAAAAGAAGAGUCUACACUGGCAAGGCGCCUCAGUCUGGUGCAGAAAGCUUAGAUGCUCUGCGGCCAGUUCUUGAAGAGCAACCUAAGUGGGCUGUCUUGGCGGAUGUUAUGGAAGAAAUCGACCGAGAUUUAUAUUUCAACCCUGUCCCCCGAGAUGAUUCGAAUGGUACCAUAUUGAUUAUGUGUACCGAUACAGAGCAAUGCCGCCAGUUGCGAGAAUAUCUCCAAACUAUGCACGUUCAUUCUCACGCUGAAGCACGGGAUCAAGACGAGCAAGAAGAAGUCGACGAACAUGAAGAAGAACAUGAACCAUCAGCAGAGUUUAUGAUGAGGAGAAAACUUCGCAACUAUUUAAAGUGGAAGAACCAAUUUGCAAAGAUUAGCGCUGCGCUGUUUACUGAAACCCAGAAAGCAUUAAGUGGUGCUACGAAUUCAAAAAGCGCGUCUACUCCUAGCUCCCGAGGGAAGGCUCCUGCAAAUAAAAGAAGACGGGUCAGGGGAUGUGGUAACACGGGCACCGCCCCAUCACGGGCUACCAACGGAAGUCUCCAGGCAUCCGAGGACAAGCCACUGGAGGUUGCCGCUUUGAUGUCUGAAAUCCAGCCCACAGAAGUCGAGGCUGCACAAAAAGAAGAAGUGGUAGCGGAUCCAUUGGAAGAUAUGGAAGACUAUUAUCAACUCUACGACAUGCAAGACCUUGUUGUAAUCCAUGCUUAUGAUGGUGAUAUGGACGAGCAUAUCCUUGAAGAGGUCAAGCCUAGAUACAUCAUCAUGUACGAACCUGAUGCCUCUUUUGUCCGGCGUAUUGAAGUAUAUCGCUCCUCGCACAACGAUCGGAAUGUCCGGGUCUAUUUCCUCUACUAUAGUGGCUCCGUAGAGGAACAGCGCUAUCUCUCCUCUGUCCGGCGAGAAAAGGAUGCCUUUACAAAACUCAUCAAGGAAAAAUCGUCAAUGGCCCUUACUAUGACCACCGACGCUCAAGGCAUCGAAGACCCCCAAGAAGCUUUUCUCCGCACAAUCAACACUCGGAUAGCGGGCGGUGGCCGUCUGGCAGCCACAGCACAACCUCCCCGGGUUGUGGUUGACGUUCGAGAAUUCCAAUCCUCACUACCAUCCCUCCUCCAUGGACGUUCCAUGGUCAUAGUCCCCUGCAUGUUGACCGUUGGUGACUACAUUCUCUCGCCCAACAUCUGCAUCGAGCGAAAAUCAAUCAACGAUCUAAUAUCCUCCUUCAAGGACGGUCGUCUCUACAACCAAGCUGAGAGCAUGCUUCAACACUACAAAUCCCCUAUGCUGCUCAUAGAAUUCGACCAGAACAAGUCCUUCACCCUCGAGCCAUUCGCCGAUCUGUCAGGCUCUCUCUCCUCCAUGUCAUCCUCAAACACAUCCUCAGACCUACAGUCCAAACUCGUACUACUUACCCUCGCAUUCCCCAAACUACGUAUCAUCUGGUCAUCCUCCCCCUUCCAAACCGCCGAGAUCUUCGAGGCCCUGAAGACGCAAGAACCGGAACCUGAUCCUAUUGCUGCUGUGCGGGUCGGUCUCGAAGCUGGCCAGCAAGCGGAGGAUCAGACGUUCAAUCGACAGCCUCAGGAUAUGCUACGCGUUAUCCCUGGGGUUACGGGGAACAAUAUAAAGAACAUAGUGCUGGAGAUGGAUAGUUUGAAGGACGUUGCGAAUGCUAGCGUGGAGGAGUUAGAUCCUGUUGUUGGAAAGGAGGCCGGGAGACAGAUUUCUCGGUUUUUUAAGAAGAGUGUUAUUGAAGAAUGA